ACUAAAGUCCACAACAAACCUCGAAGUCAUUGAAGGCAAGACAGACUGGUGAAACAACUAUGACCGAGUCUCCCGUUUUAUUGAACAAACAUGAAGUCGAGCGUUUGCUCAGUUACGACGAUCUGAUUUCCAGACUGGAGUCUGUCAUGGGAAAGUUUUCUAAACGGGACAGUUCAGAAAUAAUCCAGCCUGUGAGAUCUGUGGUCCCUAUACAACAACACAAUGGGUUUUUGGGCGUAAUGCCUGCAUAUUUGGCCGCUGAGGGCAUUUUAUCCACUAAGGUGGUGAGUUUCUACCAGCGUGCAGAGGGAUCAAGUUUACCAUCAACUCAAGCCACGGUGUUACUGUUUCAUCCCGAGCAUGGAAAUGUGAUAGCGAUCAUGGAUGGGGAGGCCAUCACAGCCAAACGAACCGCAGCAGUAUCGGCCAUUUCAGCUAAACUGUUCAGCCCAGCUUUUUCAGAGGUAUUGUGCAUCCUUGGUUCAGGGCAACAAGCUAGAAGCCACUAUGAUGUGUUAACAAAGCUUUUCAAGUUCAAAGAGGUCCGUGUGUGGAGCAGAAGGAAAGAAAUGGCUCAACGGUUUGUUAAUGAUCUCCAAGGUCCUGUAACAGUUUGUGGUUCAGUGAAGGAGGCCGUGGUGGGAGCUGAUGUAAUAGUCACCGCCACAGGGGCAAGUCAGCCGUUACUCUUUGGCGAGUGGGUCAAACCAGGUGCACACGUUGCAGCGGUUGGCGCUUGUCGGCCAGACUGGAGAGAAAUGGAUGACGUCUUGAUGAGAGAGGCUGUAGUGUACGUGGACAGCAGAGAGGGGGCGACAACAGAGUCAGGAGACAUCAUUCUGUCUGGAGUUGAAGUCUUCGCAGAGCUCGGAGAGAUUAUAAAUGGAACCUUUCCUGCUCAGCGUGAGAAGACUACAGUAUUCAAGUCACUGGGAAUGGGGAUUCAGGAUGCUGUCUCAGCCAAACUUGUGCUGGAGAAGUGGAAGAAGGAACACUGAAGAACCAAAAGCACAGCUUCCUCCACUGAUUGCACAAUUGUCUUUUCUGCCAUGGUGGUGGCGUCUUUACCCUGAUCAGUGAUCAUGAGAACAAACUGCUCUCAUUCUUUACACACUAUUAAAAGAUUAAUUACUCUUAGUCUGCAAAAAAUAGCCACACUAAUUGCAAUGAUCACUUUUUGUAGCGUCGUUAAUAGAGUUCUGCAGGUAUGAUGUAUUUUUGUUGGCUGAAACCUGAAAAUGAGUUUGCAUUUUAGCACUUACACUUCUGUCGCCCAGAAGUCUUUUUGAAUGGGUUUUUGUUUAAAUGCCUGAUCUUUCACAUUUUAUUCUAUGACAUAAAAUAGAUAAGUAAUUCCCCUUUGUGAUUUGUCAGUGUAAAGGCAUUUCUAAACAUAAUAUAAAUAUUAAAAAUGUAUUGCUGAAAACAUGUUACAAAUACUGUGAACCAUGUAGUACUGUAGUAAGUAUUUUUGGACCGACCUGAAAUCAGGUUUCAGUGACGCUCAGUCACGAGUUACUGUCAUUACCUUUAGUUACUACAGUGUACAGUUUGCUAGCUAGCUAUGCCUUUUCCAUGUAAAUGCAUAUUACAUUGUUGCAAUGCUUUACAAAACUAUGGCAGCCCGUUUCCGCCACUGAAUAACAAAUAAAAAGGUAAAUGCAA